GGACAAGCGGUUUCUGUCGCUUCUGUAGGACGAUUAACAAUUCAGGACGGCGUGGGGAGCACUGGACACGACGGAAAAGCUUCCUAACCAUAUUGGACUCCCUGGCUGCGCUCCCCUGCCACCAGCAGGAUCAGACAAGGAAGAAACAGCAGACUGAGUCACUGACUGAAUACACACCCCAAACAGACAGGGCGCUGCGAUGGAGAUCCUCACCACUCUCCUGCUGCUCGGGCAAGCGAUGAUUGUACAAAUACAAGAAGGUUCCUCAACAGAGACUGGAACACCCGUACUAACGAUGGAGCCAAUGUGGAGGAGAUUCUUAACGGGUGACUGGAUCAUUCUUAGAUGUGAUGCUGGUCGAGAGCUUCAUUCUGUGAGAUAUAAGUGGUUCAUAAACAACACUAUCCAAGAGUUCAGCGAGAAGAUUUACACCAUUGAGGCUGCUGGAAUAGAGCAUAAUGGGGAAUACAGAUGCCAAACUUUGACACAAACAACAGCCGACAGUAACAGCAUUCUCGUGAGAGUAUCCGCUCCUGAAUUGUUUGUGAGGAUUGAGACUGAGCCAGAACCUCUGUGGUAUGAGCAGACAUUGAGGUUGAGUUGUAACUGCACAUACCCCACGCCAAAUGAAUUCAUUUACACAUUUUAUCAGGAAGGUUCUGUUAUUGCUGAGUUCCGGACAAGAAAUAAAAGUGUUUCUUUUCGAAAGGAGCGGGUUACAUUUGAGGAUACAGGACGGUAUCGAUGCCAAAUGCAGUUUGUUGAUUAUCCCGAUGGUCCUGUGUACACAUCAGCUUACAGACGUGUAGAUGUGCGAGAAAGUCCGGUGAUACUGCAGGUGGAUCCCAGACUGCAGAGAGAUGGUGAUCCCAUCACACUGAAUUGUCGGUGUACCCAGGACCAUGUGUGUGGGACAGGACAAAUUUACUUCUACAGAAAUGAGACCCUCCUGAACUCUGAUUCCAUGCCUCGCAACGUCCAUCGUAUCCACCGAGCAACCCUAAUAGAUUCAGGGUGGUACCGCUGUGCGAUUUUCCAGAACCUUUCAGAAUUCCUGUCCCUCUGGGUGGAAGUCACUGUCCAGAUCCCUGUGAGCUGCCCAUCCAUCAGCUCAGAUCUGAAGGAGCCCGCUGUGUCCAUCGGUGACCACUUUCCCAUCCGGUGUACGUCUGAAAAUGGGACACUGCCUAUAAACCUCAUGCUUUACCACGACCACCACCCCCACCCCCUGAGGAACACAACAGUCGUUGACUCCAGGACAGCCACCUUCCAUGUCACCGUGCCACCUGAUGGGGAGGGCGCUGCGUACUCCUGUGGUGCUGCCAAUGCCGUUGCCCACGUUAUCAACUGCAGUGAGCCGCUCGUCCUCACUGUGUCAGGUCCCUCUGGGAAAUUUGCUCUGCAGGUCGGAGGUUCUGCUGUUGCUGCCGUUCUCCUCAUUGUUUUCCUGCUUCUGUUUGCUGUCUGCAAACUCCAUCAUAAAGAGAGACGUCAGGACACCUCUGGUUCCCAAUCCAGGAGAGACACCAGCAGCCCCAAUCAUGAUGAAAUUGUGUACUCUGUUGUCCAAGCAAAGAAGAAAGAAGGAGGCUCCGUCAGGACAAGAAGAGAACCACAGGAGUUUGACAGUCGUGUGACUUAUGCAUCAUUAAUGCACCUUGAAACACCAAAGGUCCGAGCGGCGAGUGCCAGAGGGGAGGAAGAAAAUGGCUCGUCCAUUUACCAGAACUUUCAGAGGAGGUAGUCACAGAGAUCUGCUGCCCCUGCUGAUGAGGAAGAGAAGUUCCUUCUGGUGGCAGGCAGGGGUCUGUUCAUUUGUCAUCUUCAACUGAAGAAUGGACCAAAUCAACAUGGGAACUUCACAUCAGAGAAAUGGCACCUGGUUGUUCUCUCAUUCUAGAAUGCAGUUAGUUCCCCAAAUGCUGUGCACAUAUCCCUAACCCUCAGCAGCUGUAGAUGAACAGGAUGUCUUCUGCCCAAAGCUGUGGUUGAACAUCUUCACCCAAUUCUAAAUCCUCAUGUUUGGGAGCCAUGUAACAAUGAACUGCUGCCUCAUAUAGAGUCAUGCAGCACAAAAACUGACCCUUUGAUCCAACUUGUCCAUGCCAACCAAACUUCCCAAACUGAGCUCACCCCUCCUGCCUGUGCUUGGCUCAUAU